UAAAAUCGAGUUUUACAGGAUUUAGUGUCUACCAUUUUUCUCUUUUGGUUAAUUCAAUGCAGCAUUCAGCUCUGGCGUGUGCAUCUGGUCCGCUAACAGUUAAAUGAGCGAGCAAGGAGGAGGAAGAGAGCAACAACAAGAAAGUGCAAAGGAGGAGGAGGAGUGAGCAAGGCAGAGAGAGGGAGGGUCGGUUUGUAUGUGAGAAAGCGAGAGAGCGGAGGAGAGAGCGUGAAGGGAAGCUGCAGCGGCAGCCGGGAGAUAAAAAAGCUUUUCCUCUGCUGGCAAGCUAGCGAGGGAUAAAGCAAGCAGAAGGUGGGAGCCGCAUCCAGGCGGGCAUCCAGGCUGGCUCGCCUUCAUCAACAGGCUGAGGGAAAAAAAAAAAAAAAAAAGGAGGAGCUGACUGACUACACGACGACACCAUCGCGUCGAUCGGACUAGCUUCUCUUGAGGAGGAGACGCCCUGUGAAUCGGGCGAACUUCCAUUCUUCCCCGGCAACGGAUGCUGAAUAUCGAGAUCUGACUCCGUCAACUGCGUCUGGAUUAUCUCAGGAGCUUGACUUCUGUCCGGAUGCCUCGUCCUAAUUGGACGCAGCGAGGAGCCAUCGCCACAGAUAAACCUCCCCUCCGGGGGGCAAGGACAGCCGGAGGCUCGUUGCGCCGUCACCCUGCACCUUUGACAAAUCUUUACGGCCGACGAUACUGAAGAUACUCCUUGGCGUGGAUGACAUUAGUUUUUCAGUGCCGUGUGAUGCUAAGCCAUUUCUCCGCAGCUUACGUCAAGGAACAGAGAUGAUUCCACAGGAUGACGCGCCUGACAGGAAUUAGUAGCUGCAAUGUUUUGACGUCUGUAAAACCUGCAGCUCACGUGACCGACGAAGCCGAUCCCAACAAUCCAGCAAGCCGCGAGAAGAUUGGCCGAGCCUGGCUGCAUUCUGCGUUUGCAUUGGCUGGCUGCGCUCUGUGUGUCUCCCUUUCAGCCAGUCCGGACUCUGUGCAGCCUCGGAGCUUUCAUUCACCACGCAAGACAUCGACCGCGUCGCCUCUUUAAUAGCUCUUCCGCCGGGGCUAGCGGAUUAGAAUUCCCCCAGAAACGACCGACGCCGCUGCAGUAGAGGGAAGGAAUCCUUCAUUCGAGGACUUGCAACAUGUGUUAUCUAACUGCCAUGAGUGAAGACUGUUGAAUCGCUCUAUGGAUGCCCCGGAUUACGCUGCACUUUUCUGAUGACACGCGGUCUCGUGGCACUUACCGCCUCGCCUGCCAAGUAGCCUUCUGAUAAAUCACUCGCUGGACUCCACGCGCAUGUUUCUCCCUCCUCCGCACGUCUCUGCUGCGUCCGUGUGCCCUUGAAUGUUCACAGAAGAAAAAGAAAAUAGAGCAAUGCACGUGUAGCAUGUGUAUGCUCUUUUUCGGACUGGCGCUCUGACUAGAUGAGCAAGUAAGCGAGAGUUAAAGAUGGACCAGGGCGGGGGUGAAGAUGUAACUGAAUCAUUUAUCGACCUCGGAAUAAGGUUCUUUCUCCCUCUUUCCCAGAGAUAGCUUAUAGCAUCUGUAUUGUUUGUCAAGUCCUGUGAAAUGGGAUCUGUAUUUUCUAACUUUGGGAGUAAGACCAACCUGAGUCCUUCCUCCCCAGAGUUCCCUUUCAUGGGAUUUUGCAGUCACACAACUUGAAAAAAUAUACAUUUUCUGCUGGGACUGAAGACAAGGCGAUGGGGAACUCAAUGGGUUGUGUCAGGGCUCCAGGAGAUGCUGAACUGGUUAGAGGCCCGCCGCUGUCAUCCAAGAGGCGGCUACGUUUCAGGCGAAGGCACAAGGGAAGGACAAACAGGAAUGCCGAUGUAGGAGGUGAGCCUCAAGCCAUCGAGACAAAGCCUUCUUUUGUAGGAACUUUGGACUCGAGCAGUGGACCGAGCUCUCAUCUAAUGGUGUCCAAGUUGGAACAUCGCAGUAUGCGCUCUCCGGACUCUGCAAAGUCUCCCGCCGGUAGUCUUCUAGGCCCUGGAAUUCCCAAAGCUCAGCAUACCCCUAAACUCAGUCCGGCCUGGAGAGGAGUUUUCUGCCUCCCCGGAGAAGACGACGCUGUCAGUGCCAUCGUUGACGUCUCCGACAUCCCCGGCCAAACAACCGCCGCCAGCCCGGCCUACACGGCACCACCUCUGAGCAGUACCACCACUCCGGGAGGGGGGAGGGUCUGCCGUGUGCGUGAGAAAAUCCACGGGGUCUUGGAGACACCUUGCAUAUUGGAAGACGAUAAAGCAAACAAGUGUGAGAUGACUUUAGGUGAAAGGCUAAAAAGACGGGCAGGAGAGACAUUAAAGGUAAUGCCGUCUGUAGGCGAAUACAACAGCGUGGUCCAUAUCAGAGAGGUAGAUGGUAAGCUCUGCGUGGUGAGGACGGUGUACCCCAGUGACUACGGCUCUCCGGCAUGGAGGGCUGAAAGUGAACACGAGGUGGAGGUGCAUAGAGAGCCUGCCGCUCCGUUUCCGGGAAACAGUCUCAAAGUCCAACUAUCAGAGGACGAAGGAGACGCCGACGAGGAUGCCUUCGACCGAACCCGGAUGCCGGACGAUCUCGCCGGCAAAGGCCUAGCGUCGGACACGCCGAGUCGAGCGCGAGAGCGAGAGCGAUGCUUUCUCUCGGAGUCGGGCUACGCCAGCGACCUGCCGCUGACCUCGCCGGAAACUCUCGUCACCACUCCCAGCCGUGCGGACUGGCAGACGCUAACCAGUAGCUCGUCGGAGAGACUGGACGCGAUGGCGGAGAGUCCGCAGGCGUCGCAGCAGGCCGCUGACGGCCACCUGGCGCAGGUUAGCGCAGAUCUUUUUGAGAGAGAACUGCUUCUGGAAGGGUGUAAUGCCACUGUAAAAACAAACAAAAAAACACAUCGUUGAUGCAUUUAUUUUAUUCUUUGACUUUUGUGUAGUGUACAAGGACUUCUCAAUGGGGAGCUACCCAAAAAUGUUUCUGGAAAGAACGGGAUACACCCCAAACCAGAAAGAGACCCCAAACGCUGACGCAUUUCUGCGCCAAUUUGAUUCUGUGCUUGUUGCUGGGGCGGGCGGGGUGCUAAGCAACAAUCGGUAUUACUCGAGUCUUCAUCGUACCUGGAGGGACAGAAAUGGACUCCUACUAUUGUGCAAUUUCUGACUUUGUUGGGGGCACCUAAGCUAUUUACAUUUGAACAUAUUUGCAUCUUUGUAUAGAAACGGGCUUCUGAGUGGGUGACCGUUGUAGCCUCCAAUAUACUACGUGUGUAAUCAGCUCUCCAAAGAAAGGCACAGUGGCUUUGGGUUUCCUGCCUCAGUCCCGAGAAUGUAAUCAAGGCGGCACAGAGCUUCUUGCCAUUUCUUAUUGCUGUCUGUGACCUUUUUGUCUUGUCAAGAACGAAUGUUUACAACACUGUGCAUCAAGUUUAGAAGCCUGUGAAUGUGUCCACUUGACGCUUCUCUGCAGGGAUCAGGCGGUGCGCAAAUGUGCUGCGUAGCUGCCAGGUGGACGCUAGGUACUCUUUGCUGAGUCACUGCUGAGUCUGUUCCCAUUUUGGAGGUUCUGUUGACCUGAUGGAGGGCUCAAACGAACAGUAUCAGCAAACAACAAUUAUUUGUGACAAUCAAGUUCCGAAUGAACCGCGAGCAGUUGAGUUGGCUACACACACCCCGUCGUGAGAGAUACUAGUGUGGUACCACAGCAACCACACAUACGAUAUCUUAUAGCGUGUCCCAGCUGGGUAUACAAAGGAUGACGUCAAAACAGAAGGUUCCAGGCUCUAGCCCUGUUUCCACAAAGCACUCAGGCUCAUUUUUGGGCGUUUCCUUUGUAAAAGGUCCCAGAAUAUCCAACAUUCCACUUUUCAGCACCCCGUUGUUGGGAGCAGUUUUCUGUUCAGGAUUUAACGCCAAACGUACACUGCGGUACACAUUCGUCACGUCGUUUUAUUUGCAUUUUUCUGGCAAAAGUCAGGAAAGCUUAAACAAAAAAACACCUCCGUCGGGGUACCUAAAUGGCGCUUUUACUUGAGUGAUAGUCAGAAUGUCGUAAACCUCGGCUAUUCGUGGGAGAUGGGGACGCAGCCCUGCUGCGGAUAGCGGAAAACGCCGUGACAAAAACGCGUGGAAAGCCUCAACUUCCGCUAUCUUGGGGGAAAGGGCGCUAAGAAACGGCGCGCGUCCCGGGAACGGUUUGGGCAUUCUGCGGUCGGGUAUUCUUCUCAUCCGCAAAUCUUUAUCUA